AUUUCAACAGGCAAAGGCAGGCGCACGGUCAAGCGCGUUCUUCACUAUACAUAAUAUAUAUUAUAAAAUAAGACAGAAACGAUUUCUAAAUCGGCAUUUAACGCCAUGGAACUGAAGAUUAUUUUUGGGCUUUUGGUGCUAUUUAUUGGAGAAAGGCAGCGAGCUUACGCACAAGAAGUCUUCGGGUAUUGCACAACUCCCGAUGAGAGCAGUGGUACGUGCAUUAACCUCAAGGAAUGCGAAUAUAUAUACGAGCUGGUGCGAAGGGGAUCCAUCUCGACCGAGAAUCGCCUAUUCCUACAGAACAGUCAGUGUGGCUAUCUCAAUGGUCAAGUCCUCAUUUGCUGUGCGAACAACCGCAGAGUCAAUCAGAAGCCGGUGUGGGGAAAUCAGGGUCAACCGCGGCCGCAGCAGCCCACCACAACACAGCGAGCCACCACUUCGAGCCUACUGCCCCAGCCGCCCAAUUGCGGAGAGAAUUUCGGUGAUCGCGUGGUUGGAGGAAAGGAGACGGGCAAAAGGGAGUUUCCUUGGAUGGUGCUUAUUGAGUACACGAAACCCGGAAACGUCAAAGGCCACCACUGUGGUGGGUCGCUGAUCAACAAUCGCUAUGUAAUCACAGCUGCACACUGUGUUUCCGCCAUCCCAAGCGACUGGCAACUGACGGGAGUGCGUUUGGGAGAGUGGGAUACGAGCACCAAUCCAGACUGCACAACCGAAAAGAACGGCCGCAGCGACUGCAAUGCACUCUACGUGGACAACCCCGUGGUUGAACGAGUCCCUCAUCCGCAGUACCCAGGCAACGCACGGGACCAGCUGCACGACAUUGCACUGCUGCGGCUGAGAGACCCAGUCGCAUUUACAGAAAACAUUUCGCCGGUGUGCUUGCCCAGCUUAGCAUCACAGCGAGAUUCGAGCUUUCUAGGACGCAAAAUGGUAGUCGCUGGUUGGGGUCGUACCGAGACAAACUUUACAUCCAACAAAAAGUUAAAGGCGGAAGUGGAUACAGUUCCACUGGGUGACUGCAACAAUCGGUAUGCCAGCCAGCGGCGGACCGUGACCUCUAAUCAGAUUUGCGCUGGCGGCGUUGAGGGAGUCGAUUCAUGCCGCGGAGAUUCUGGAGGGCCCCUUUUGUUGGAAGACUACAACGAGGGAUAUUCCAAUUACUACAUCUCUGGCGUAGUCUCCUACGGCCCAACACCGUGUGGUCUGAAAGGAUGGCCGGGUGUAUACACCAGAGUGGCGGCAUAUCUGGACUUUAUUGAGAAUAACGUCCGGCCAUAGACUAGAAAUGGAACUUAAUGGCGUUUCAAUUUGGAAAUCAUGUUGAAUGAGCCGGGUAGAAGGUGCUGAAUUUUGGGUGGACAUUUCUACAGAAAAUAUCGAUUUUUAAUAAAAAAAAA